AUGAACGGGUUGGGAGAGCUUCCAAACUUGGCCUCGGACGCCGUGCUUAAACAGUCGGUGCCUGUGCCCAAGGACUUUGUCGAAGUAGAAGGGAUAGACUAUUCGCAAGAUGCAGCCUACAACAUGACCGCUACAGACUUGAUCUCGUCCAUGUCGCACAUGGGGUUCCAAGCGAGCAACUUAUCUCAAGCAUGCCACAUUAUCGAUGAAAUGAGACAGUGGCGAGGCAAACGCAAGUCGGAGUUGGCGGAACAUGAACAAACAGGCGAAUUUGACGAGCAAGACGAGAGACAAAAGACCACGAUUUUCAUGGGCUACACUUCGAAUUUGAUUUCGAGUGGAUUGAGAGAUACGCUAAGGUAUCUUGUGCAGCACAAGAUGGUCAGCGCUAUUGUUGCCACUGCUGGCGGUGUCGAAGAAGACAUCAUCAAGUGUUUGGCGCCUACGUACAUGGGCGACUUCACAUUGCCAGGAAAGGGGUUGCGAGAUCAAGGUAUGAACCGAAUUGGCAAUCUUCUCGUGCCCAACGACAACUACUGCAAGUUUGAAGAGUGGAUCAUCCCCAUCUUCAACACCUUGUUGGAGGAGCAGCAAGAGGCGCUCGCGAAGGAAGGAGCCAGCGCCUUGGACGCCAACUCGCCGGCGGUGUUGACGCCUUCGAAACUCAUCGACCGGUUAGGCAAAGAGAUCAACGACGAAAGCUCGGUGCUCUACUGGGCGCACAAGAACCAAAUCCCGAUAUUCUGUCCCGCGUUGACGGACGGCUCCAUUGGCGACAUGUUGUUUUUCCACACGUUCAAGUCGUCGCCGCAGCAGCUCCGCUUAGACAUCGUGGCCGAUAUCCGCAAAAUCAACUCGAUGGCCAUGGCUGCCUCGAGAGCAGGCAUGAUCAUCUUGGGCGGCGGCUUGAUCAAGCACCACAUUUGCAACGCGUGCUUGAUGCGAAACGGCGCUGAUUACGCGGUAUACAUCAACACGGGGCAAGAGUUUGACGGCUCGGAUGCCGGUGCGAGACCCGAUGAAGCGAUAAGCUGGGGCAAGAUCCGCGCUGACGCUAGCUCUGUCAAGGUAUACGCUGAUGUCAGUUUGGUGUUCCCGCUUAUUGUAGCGGCAACUUUUGCAGCCACCAGGCCAGCGACAAAAUAG